CGUCAGCCUCCUGGAAGACUGGUCCACCAGCAUUUGUGACCCAAACUCCCCCCUACACACACCUCCAGGACUUGAGUGCCACCAAAGUUCCAGUCCCCUUGGUGGCUUCCCUUUCCUCCUUUGAGCAUCUUGGUUCUGUCAUUCCAUCUUAUACCCCCUGGGGUGUCUACACGUGUGGGGUCCCAGCGAUGCCCAUUAAGAGCAGGGCACAGUCUUACCCCAGACUCCAGCACCCACAUCCCAGGCUUUUAGCAUCCUUCCCUUGGGAGAGGAAUCAUGUAGAGCCUAUGGUGUGGGAAUGAGGCAUUAAAAAGCUGCCCAAGAAUCCCUCCUGACCCUUUGUGCCUCGCCUCUCCCUCCCAGUGCUUUGGUGGGUUGCUGGGGCCCACAGUCGUCGCCCCCUUAAGGGAAGCCCCGCCUAAUGCAGCGGGGUGGAGCAUAGGCGGAGUCGGAGGAGCCUAGGAAGGAACAAAGCGCGGCCUGCGGGCGGCGGCUGGCUCCCUCCGGAGGCUGGGCCACCGGGAGCGGGGCCUGUGGGCUGCGGCCCGAGCGAAGCAUUGGAGGGCUUCGGGUGGCAUCGCGGGCCGCUCGGACCCGGGUAUGAACGGGCUCCCCUCAGCCGAGGCGCCGGGCGGCGCGGGUUGUGCUCUAGCCGGCCUCCCGCCGCUGCCGCGCGGCCUCAGCGGCCUCCUCAACGCCAGCGGGGGCUCGUGGAGGGAGCUGGAGCGCGUCUACAGUCAGCGGAGCCGCAUCCACGACGAGCUGAGCCGUGCCGCCCGCGCCCCGGACGGCCCCCGCCAAGCCGUGGGGGGCAGCAGCUCGGGCCCUGCAGCUGGCCCCCGCCGCCCGGUCAACCUGGACUCCGCGCUAGCCGCUCUGCGCAAGGAGAUGGUGGGGCUGCGACAGCUGGACAUGUCCCUGCUGUGCCAGCUGUGGGGCCUGUAUGAGUCGAUCCAGGACUACAAGCAUCUGUGCCAAGACCUGAGCUUAUGCCAGGACCUGUCGUCCUCCCUGCACUCGGACAGCUCCUACCCACCCGACGCUGGCCUGUCCGACGACGACGAGCCUCCCGACGCCAGCCUUCCCCCAGACCCUCCGCCGCUCACCGUGCCCCAGACCCACAACGCCCGUGACCAGUGGCUGCAGGACGCCUUCCAAAUCAGCCUCUGAGAAGCCGAGGUGGCUAGGAAUGCGCCCGCACAAAAGGCUCAAAACUUGCCCCUCCGCAAGUCCUUAGUGCCUGCUCCUUACCGGACCAUCUCACCUCACUCCAGGAGGGCAAGGCAUCUACCCAUCAGGCAAAGCGGCCGAGUCGCAGCCUCGGCCGGGUGCCCUGGGCUUCCACCUCUCCAACAUGUGUGCACCCUAGCUUGGCCAGCCCUUAGUCUGACCGUGGAGCUCAAAGUAUCUUGCACUCCCGCUGGCAUCUCUGGGACCGGGAUGAGUGCUUAGCUUCCAUCUCUUUUUACGUCUUUUGCUGCUACUUGCAGCUGCUGGCUCAGGGGCGUCCCUACCUGCGGCCCCAGGGUUUCACUACCUGGGACAAGGGCUCCAGGACCCAUCUCUGCAGCCUUUCAGGGCCAGAGAGGCUGAGGUCUCUAUGCUGGAUAUUUAAGUUUAGAGGCCAGUUCCUGGAUGGGAAAAUAAAUAAAUACUUUCAACAUUGUA